AACGACGUAGUAAUGUGAGGAAAUAAAACGGAGAGAGAAAAAACAGAGAAUGUGGCUUAUUUAGCGUUGAAGCGCUUGAGCCGAUGACCAAGCUAGUAAAGCAAGAAGCAUGGUACAGUGCACAUAUACAUGUUGUGGCAGCUAAGAGCCGAUAACAAUGUUUAAAGCAACAGCUUCUUUUUUUUUUUUUGUCAUAGCCAAGAAAUUAAUUACAUCUGUGGCAUUUCUGAUAGCCUGCAUCCAAACACUCCAAUUCUUACAUAGCCCAUGGUUGGGAAAAGUGGGCCUUUCCUGAAUAAAGCAGUACUAAUACCGAGACAUUUGUUAUAGCCGAGAUGUUAUGACAAGAAAGAGGUAGCGGAGUUUUUGUUCUUUAGCGAGAACUACAGGAUGAAGUGCUAGAAGUGAUAAGACCUAUUACGCGAGUUGACCUCGUGUGCGCUUGUCUAUAGCCAUCUGGGAAAGGGACAAGGUUUAUGGCCCCUGCGGCUAAGAAGCUUCAGAUAUGAGCGCUGGCCAAAAUACCGGAUCGCAGAUUGCGCUCCGUGAAAGACGCUGCCCGCGUAAAGAUAAGCGAAUGUCGCAGGUCUCUCUUGCAAUGCUCGGAUGCCCUGACGUCGUUUAAGGCGACGGUGGGCAAAAACGAACUCUUUCACAUCCUGUUUGUGUUACCUUUGCGUCCAAGUAAUGUCUCCGAGCUGAGUUGGCGACGAGUAUAGCUCACCAGCUGUUCGGUGGCCGCGCUUGCAAUGGAAACUGGAUUACUCCUACUUGCCGUUGUGCUUUGCAUCUUUGAAAACACAUGUGCGGCGCAGUGUGGCCACCGGAACCUGCUGUACGACACCGAGCGCAUCGUCGGGGGCAGCGACGCCGGUCCCCUGGAGUUUCCUUGGCAAGUGUCCGUGCAGGUGUUCAGCAGUCACCAGUGCGGCGGCGUCAUCAUUAGCGAGUACUGGAUCGUCACCGCUGCCCAUUGCAUGAAAUACUCGCCGUUUUUUUACAAGGUCUACGUGGGGAAGGAUCACCUGUUCCGAAAGGAAUUGACAGAGCGCUAUUAUUACGUAUCUGAGAUUAUAAAGCACCCGUACUACAGUGAAAGUACCGUCGAUUACGACAUUGCACUCGUAAGGCUGGAUAUGCCUCUGGAUUUUGUCUUUGACGAUUACCUGAGCCCCAUUUGUCUGCCGAAGCCAUCCGAUAAUUUCACUGGCCAAACGUGUGUCAUAACGGGCUGGGGUUACCCAAGAAUAGACGGAUCAACUACGGACGUCCUGCAGAAGACUAACCUUUACGUGUGGAACGACGAUGACUGUCGAGAAGCUUACGAAGAUGUGAACAACGUCACGGGCAGAAUGUUUUGUGCAGGCUACGACGAAGGUGGAAAGGGACCGUGCAAGGGUGACUCCGGAGGUCCCCUGCAGUGUAUCCGAGAAGAUGGCUCCUGGGUCUUGGCGGGAAUCACUUCUUGGGGAAUAUCCUGCGCAGCGCCACAUAGGCCGGGCGUCUUCACUCGUGUUUCGGCCGUACUCGACUUCAUCUACCUAUUCACGUAUUAACGUUCGACGUACCUAAAGAAUACUGUGGUGCGUACGUUUUUAUUUACGCACAGGACGUGAGAGAGGCCAACACGGGAGUAAUAAUGAACCAACCUGCUUGUGGAGGAGCCGGCGCACAGCGCUACCAAUUUUCGUUCAAUAAAUCGCUCGCUCACUCAAAUAAAACCAUAGUUGAUGUAACAACAUGCCUGACUGAGCGAUCAGAUAUGCCGCA